UCACAUCCCCAGCCAUAUCAUUCAGCCUGCAAAAUGUUUACCAUUUUCUUCCUCUUCGCCCUUGUCUUCUCCGGUUCCCACGUGGCGGUUCAAGGCUACUGCGUCGCAGACCUUGGCGCCGCACAAACCACCACAGGGUAUCCCUGUAAACCGACCAAGUCAGUAAAAAUAGAAGACUUUUCAACCACCCUUCAGCCUCAAAACACCAACUUCUCCAAGGCCUUCAACAUCUCGUUAUCCCCGGCAUUCGUCGGACAAAUACCGGGGCUUAACGGGCUGGGCUUCGCCGCGGCGAAGCUAGAUCUGUUUGCGGGGGGUAUAGUCCCGCUCCACUCGCAUCCAGAUGCCUCCGAGAUGCUUCUAGUGACAGACGGUAAGAUAACUGCCGGGUUCAUAUCACCAGAUAACACGGUUUUUGUGAAGACAAUAACAAAGGGUGACGUCAUGGUUUUGCCACAAGGGUUGUUACAUUUUCAGUUAAAUUCUGGAGAGGGAAGUGCCACAGCUUUUCUUGCUUUCAGUAGCCCAAAUCCGAGCGCACAGUUCGUUGAUGUUGCGUUGUUUGCAAGCGCUCUGAAUUCUGCAUUUGUGACUAAGACUACGUAUAUUAGUCCUGCCGAAGUUAAGAGACUUAAGGGUGUUUUUGGUGGUCAAGGAUAGGGUUAUGUUAAUUAAUUCAGAUGUUUUGUUAUUAGUUACCCAUCCAUAGGGCCAAUUCAAUAUAGGUGAAAACUCAAGUACAGUCAACUUCAUAUAAAGUUGAUAGUUGAGAGUCGUUAAAUAAUUUGACUGAUUUGACUAAAGUUUUAUCUAACGAUUCCCAACUAUCAACUUUAUAUGAAGUUCGCUGCACCUAAGU